AUGUCGGAUUCGCAGGAUAAUUCCCCGUCGAUGCAUCCCCAUUCCUCCGAGGAUGGGGAGAAGGACCAUGAGGGCCACGACCACAAUGGUGACCACGAUGGCGACAAUACGACCAACUCAGAGACUCUCUGCCAAGAUGAGGUCACUGAAAAGCCUAGCAUCUCAUCUUCCCAACGAUGGCGGACAGCAAGCAAACGUGUUCGGAACCGCGCAGCCACUAUAGCAGAACGACUUGGACGACCCCAUGAAAGGGAAGCGGAUGGAUUGGAUGCACCAAUGUCUCCGGAAUGGUAUGGAGCAACAGACGAUAUACGAGCAUUCGACGCCCGUCAAGCCCACGACGAAGAAGAGAAGCUUCCUGGAACGGACGCGGAUUCUCAAGCCCGUCUCUUGGUGGAACGAUUGGGCUUAGAGCACCCUCCACCGCGUCCACACAUCGAAGAACCUCGCUCCGGCGCAACAACUCCAGGAACUCCCGAUGAACACGGAAUGGGUCCAUCAGGGGGUCCCCCCGGAGGAAUGCUCUCCCAUCUGCUCCGUGUGUAUGCCAAUAACCUUCAAACGGCUAGCCGCAUGAGUCUCGUCUCCACAGCAUCGACAGAUCCUGAGACAGAGACACUCGCGCCGUCUGUCGCCCCAUCAGGCAAUGUAACGCCAGGCGGGAAAAGAGACAAAUUGAAAUGGUAUGCGCAGGGCACCAAGCCCGCUAAGCCAACCCACAGCUAUACUUCCUCCCUCAUCCACGCAUCGAUGGAUAUGGGCCGCGUUGGGGUUCCUGCUGCCACAGGUCCAGCUCCCGCAAACCCCAAGGAGCUAAAGAAGCACAAACGCCAGAGCAAGAAGAAUGUUGCCCUCACAGUGCAUAUCGCUGCUCUAUUGUCACGCCAGCAGUAUAUUAUGCAGCUGUGUCGGGCUCUGAUGAAGUACGGUGCCCCGACCCAUCGACUUGAGGAGUAUAUGACGAUGACCUCCAAUGUGCUGGAGGUCAAGGCGCAAUUCCUGUACAUCCCAGGCUGCAUGUUCAUGUCAUUCGACGAUCCUCUAACUCGCACGGCCGAAGUGAAGAUUAUCCGAGUGGUUCAAGGACUGGAUUUGUCCCGUUUGGCUGAGACGCACAACGUCUACAAGAACGUGGUGCACGACGUGAUCGGCGUCGAGCAGGCUACGCAGGAUUUGGAUCAGAUCAUGCAGCGCAAACCACGCUAUAACAAGUGGAUGCUUGUCUGUCUGACUGGACUAGCCAGCGUUGCAGUAGGCCCAUACUCCUUUAGCGCUCGCCCAGUCGACCUGCCUAUUAUCUUCAUACUCGGAUGUCUCGUGGGCUUCAUGCAGCAUGUCAUCGCACCAAACUCAGCCACAUACUCCAACGUCCUCGAAGUAUCCGCCGCAAUUCUCACCUCCUUCCUUGCGCGUGCCUUCGGAAGUAUCCACCACAACGGCGAACGAGUCUUCUGCUUCGCCGCCAUGGCCCAAUCCUCCAUUGCCAUGAUCCUCCCCGGAUUCGCCGUUCUCAGCAGUAGUCUGGAACUUCAGUCCCAUCAAAUGAACGCAGGCUCUAUCCGGAUGGUCUUCACAAUCAUCUACUCCCUCUUCCUCGGCUACGGCGUGACAGUCGGAACAACCAUCUACGGCUUAAUGGACUCCAACGCGUCAAAACAAUCCACAUGCACAGGUUUACCAGAGGUCUGGGGCAACGAGUAUAUCCAGCACUUCCCCUUCGUCGCGCUAUUCUGUCUCUUCGCCGCUCUCAUCAACCAAGCCAAGCCCAAACAGCUCCCUGUCACUAUUUUCAUGGGUGUUUGCGGCUAUGUCACAAAUUAUUUCAGCACCAAGAAACUCGGCGCAAACCAGGUCGCCAAUACCGUUGGCGCUUUCACCAUCGGCCUUUUGGCUAAUUUGUACAGUCGCGUGUGGCAUGGCCAUGCCGCCGCCGCUAUUAUCCCGGGAAUCUUCACCCUGGUUCCAUCCGGUCUUGCAUCCAGUGGAUCCAUCAUCUCCGGUCUGGAGUAUGCCGAGGCUGUGGCAUCUGGUAAUGUCACCAGCGCGACUACCAGUGCCACAUCUAGUAGCUCGCUCACGUCACUGGGCUACGGAAUGAUCCAAACAGCCAUCGGUAUCUCCGUCGGACUAUUCGUCUCAGCUCUCAUUGUGUAUCCGCAUGGAAAGAAGCGCAGUGGAAUUUUCAGUCUUUAA